GUGGUAUUGGGGGAUAGUGAGCGAUGGGCAGCAUGGCCUGCGCAGCAUUCUCCUUUAUGUCCAGCUCUUCCCAUUCUUCUCUUAUGUGCAGAUGCUCCAACAGAAUAACAUCAAAACUUCCACAAGCGUCUUGUUCAGAGACAUCCAUAAUAUCAACCACAACUGUUAUGCCUUGUUCCUCUGGAAAUGUUCAUAUCCUUGCGACAAAAUCCCAUUCUUCUGUUUUGGCUGCUGAAGAAAGUUUUUCAUACAAGACUCAGGCAAUUUCCAUGCAGCCCAAGGUAAUUGUAGAGGCCACCAUAGGCGAAGCAAUGUUGUUGAAAAUUGAAGAGUUGGACACAGAAAGUGCAUCAGCAGAAGCUAGAAACGCUGCUAGGGAUGUAGCAGUGAUUUGGGAAGAUAUCCAGAAUCUUCCAAAAGCCAAGUUGCUUUCAAAUGGAGAUUUACAAAGAUCUGAAAGGGAGAAACUUACCCAAAUUGAAGUGCUUGGACUUGUCAAAUUAUUUAAAGAAUCCAAGCAUGCUGAGAGGAAUUCAGGAGCACAAUGUAGUUUAAAUGGAGCAAGUUCUUUCACUUACCAUCCUCAACUUGAAAGAGAAUCUUCUGUUUUAUCCAAAUUUGAGGCCAAUUCCAUUCAGGUCUCUCAAAAUGUAGUGGAGAAAACAACAAGAUCCAAGAAGAAAUUGAGAACAAGAAUUAUGAAGGCGGGAUUAUUAGAAAAGACUACAGCAGUUCGUCCCAAAUCAGUUUCUGUCCUAUCUACUAAAAAGUCUAAGAUGAUCACUGUGCCUUCUGUCGACCCAUCAUACAUGCACCACGAUAUGGUCAGCAGAAUCUUCUUAGCUGAUAAUGAAGCUGAAUUCUGUCAAGGACUAAAGGACCUGCGAAAAUUGGAGAAGAUUAGGGCAAGAGUUAAAAUUAAAGUUGGACAUGAACCAACUCCAGCCCAAUGGGCAGAAGCUGUUGGUCUAGAUCAGGGAACUUUGUAUAGGAAAUUACUGGCAGGGCAAUAUUGCAAAGAUAAAAUUGUCAAAGGUGCCAUACGGUUGGUUAUAUCAGUUGCCAAGAUGUAUGAGGGAAAAGGCGUGAGCCUACCAGAUCUCAUUCAGGAAGGAUGCUUAGGUCUCCUCCGGGGAGCUGAAAAGUUUGAUUACAAGAAGGGCUUUAAGUUUUCGACAUAUGUUUAUUGGUGGAUUAGACAAGCUGUCACAGAUGCAAUAACCAAGAAUUCAAGGACAAUCCGGUUACCUGGAUAUCUUAUUGAUACUUUGUUGAAAAUAAGAAAAACAAAGAUAUCUUUAUACCGGAAGUUUAGAAGGCCUCCUAAAGAUGAAGAGAUUGCUUCUUAUUUGAACCUGUCAGUUUCAAGAAUAAGAUUUGUGAAGAAGUGUUCAAAGUUUCCAAGAUCCAUCGAUCGGCAUAUUUCACAAAACUAUGACAGCAGACUUGGGGAAUUUAUUGCAGAUCCUGAAGUGAAAAGUUCAGAGAUAGCAGUCACCAGACAGAAGGUGCGCCAAGAUAUUGACGAACUUCUCGAAACUCUUCGACCAAGGGAGAAAGAAGUGGUAAGACUACGCUUUGGAUUAGAUGGUGGCAUAUCUAGAACACGUAAGGAGGUUGCACACCACUUUUGUGUUUCUAAAGAACGCAUCAGACAGAUUGAAAACAAUGCUUUAGGAAAACUAAGGCACCUAAAUAGACACAAAGAUAUAAAAUGCUAUUUGGGCUACUAACAUGAUUUGCUUGAAAUGUAAAAUCUUGGGAUAUGGCAAGCAAAGAAAUGAAAAAUUAGAGAAGAAUCAUUUCAGUGCCCCGAAAAUUCUUUGAGAAGCAUUCAAAUUGAAGCCUCCACCCACCAAAUAAAAGGCAGAUGCUAUAAUUUAGAAGGGAAAAAGGAUCUCCAUUAAUCAAAGCUACAGUCUGCUUCAUUAACAGUCAUGAUGCCGCCAAGAAACUACUGUAUUCUUGUAUAUGUUCCUAGAUGUGCUUAUGUUUCUGGGUCAGACACCAGGGAAAUAUGUCUCCAAUCAAGUAGAAUGUCACUGAAACCCAAAAAUUAUUUGUACAGCAACUGAUAAAGGCCACAAAAAAUUCACAGGCUGAAAACAUGCAGGAUCUUGUAGUACAAUGAUGAUGAAUAGAAGCAGAUGAUUUAUUUUUUUCCA